AUGGCUGUUCUUAGGAGAAAGCUAACUGUUGUCGGAGAUAACGGCUGUGGUAAGACAUGGCUCCUCUUUGCUCUGCGCCACGAACAGCUUCCCCAAUGCUAUGAGCCAACUGUGUUUGACACUUAUGCCACUGACGUAGAGGUAGAUGGGAAUGAUGUGAAGCUAAUUCUCUUUGAUGCAUCAGGCAAGAAUGAAGCCGGUUACCAAAAUCUCCGUUCAGUUUUCUAUCAGGACACAGACAUUAUUUUAAUGUGUUUUUCUGUAGACAGGCCAGACUCGCUGCAAAACAUCCUCGAUAUUUGGGUUCCAGAAAUAAAACUCUUCUGCCUCACAAUACCUAUUAUUCUGGUGGCUACCAAGAUAGAGCUAAGGGAUGAUGAAGGUGUCAAGAAGAAACUAACUGCUGCAGGCAAAGAGCCAAUUAGCACUGCAAAAGGAAAAGCUUUCGCUGCCAGCAUUGGGGCAUGUACUUACCUGGAGUGCUCUGCCAAGACGAAAGAAGGUGUUGAUACAGCCCUGGAGAUUAUUAGCCAGUGUGUGUUAAAUGAGAAAAAAGGGAGAAGAAAGAGGCAUCACAGGUCCUGCCGAAUUUUGUAA